AUGUCCCUCCAAAUCUCCUCCUUCCCCGCACCAACACCCACCUUCCUCGGCACAUCCCUCCUAGGCCUAGGCCUCCUGCGGCUGCUCGCACCCAAACCAGCAUACACCCUCUUCGGCCUUCCACUGCCCGCCUCGGGUUCUCCAUCGCCGUUUAUUUUUGCUAAUGCCGGACGGGAUAUUGCCCUUGGUUUAUCGGCUUUGGUGCUCGGUGGAAAGGGGGAUGGGGUUGGUGUUAGGACUUUAGUGUGUGGGACUGUAGUCGCAGCGCAAGUAGAUGCGUAUACCGUUUUCAUGUACGGCGGGAGGGAGUUUGGUGGAUGGAGUGGGAAAUGGAUUGGACAUUCACUUGGUGGUCUUAUUCUAGGAGUUAUUGCUUGGUAUGGGUGGGGCUGUUAG